AUGAAUCCAGUUAAAAAAAGAUUUGAGAGUGGAGCGAGUAAGAGGAAACAUAAAGCAGAGGAAGAUCGUAAGACUAAAUUAUUACCAUCAGUUUCAAAAUUUUUUAAGAAAGUAUCCGUAGAAAUUUCUUAUUCAAAUCCUAAUGUAAACGAAAAUUUACAAGAAACACAUCCAUGUCUUUCGCUAUCCUCUCCAGUCAAAAUCGAACAUAUUUCUCAAAAUGUAACAUCUAAUGCUAAUCUUUCGAGUACACUGGUUAACACUAUUUCUCAAGAAAUACCCAAUACCUCUAUUUCAUCACUAGCGAAUAAUGUUCCAAAUAUUGAUAUAUUUACUAAGCUUCUAACACUUCCCAAUCCCACUGAUAUCGGUCAUUUUAAUUAUGAUAAUAAAUUAUCUGACUCGCAGAAAAAGUUUAUUGUUACUCUUGGACCAUGCCAACCUAAAGGACCAUUUUAUAGACAUUCAGAUGUAUCAAAAAAUAAAAAUUCACGAACAACAUUUCACGAAAAAUAUUAUUAUUCUGUUGAGUCAAUUACAGGAGCAAAAACUAAUAGAUUAUGGCUAUGUUAUUCAAUAAUUCGUCAAGUUGCAUAUUGCCAACCAUGUUCUCUGUUUGGUAAUAGAAUUAAAAUUAAACAAACUACGUGGCUUGAUAGUUAUGAUGACUGGGAUCAUAUAACAAUUGCAAUUAAUCGUCAUGAAAGUUCUACAUUUCAUCGAGUCAUGUAA